UCUUAUAAAAAGGGCUGAAAGCUUACGAUACUUCGCAGUUUUCAGCAAUCAUGGCCAAUUUCAGCUCCAAGAUUUUGCUCUCUCUGAUGAUCAUCGUCACCCUCUUCUCUUUUCUUCUUCAUGCGUCAAGAACUCUAGACCCAGGAAAUUCAGAGAAAGCAACGGCGCCUGCAGGUCGUGGCGGAGGUGCAGGCAUAUCCAGGUUUUCUGUGCCUUUCGUCGGCGGAGAUGAAGAGGGAUAUCCUUCUAGCAUCUACAUCGGAGGCGGUGGAAGCGCGAGCGGUACUUAUACGCCUAGUGCAGCAAGCAGAGACUGCUACUCUUGCCUUGCGAUUCUGACGCUCGUGGCUUCAGCGUUGAUAUUCAUUUAGCAUUAAUUUGCUACGUAUAUGAUCACUUAAUUAGGUUGUUACAGGUUUUGAAGAACAGAUACUGUUUUGGGAUUUGAUGGCUAGUUUUCGCUUGCUUUGAUUAUUUUCAUUGGGAUUCUGUCUGCAGUGUGGAUGGUAUAUACUGGAUUGGAUUUGGACUUUGAUUUUUCAGGUCACGCUAGCUGCUGACA